UGAAGGAGCAACAGAUCCAGAGGCUUCGCUUACGCAGUCCUUUUCUGUGUGUAAAUAUUAAGCCCGCAUCCCGUCUGGAAGAGCUUCUCGCUGUAAUUGAACUACGCGCCAAGGUUUUUGCCAAUACCUUGGAGCCGCUCUCUGUAAAGUCUAGGCUGCGACGCAUUAAGCAUAUCCUGGAUCGGCGAGCCAAAGGCAGCUUAAUCCUUAUUGCUACGGCACGUGACCUCAUGUCGCCAUUUUCCGACGAGGUAAUCAUAGGAUCUAUCGAGUGCUCAACUCAUGAAUUUGAUAAUGGCGCUUCGCCUUUCCUGCGUGAUUCUGCCGAUGUCUGCAAAUUAUAUGUCACGGAACUAUGUGUAAGGGAUGCCUUCCGCGGAAAAGGCGUGGCCACAGCUCUCCUCAAGGCUGUGGAUGGUAUUGCAGACAGUCUCGGUGCCGCUUACGUGUGUCUCUUUUGUGAACGCCUCAACCUGGCGGCAUCGCGCUUGUAUAUCUCUUCAAACUAUCAUGAGGUCGGGCACAGUCCGUCGGUGAAUAAGUUCGCUGGGGCGCUCGGUCUGCCUACAGCUGCAAAAGCAUACGGAUUUUUCUACAAACAGAUCUCGCACCCCACUACGGACCAUGCUGAAGCAGAGCUUUCCCGCGGCAUCGCUGAGAAAGGCCCUGUACAUUCCUGGGCAUUGUCGAUCCCAUCCUUGAGUGCGCUGAGGCGACCACACAGUCACGCUUGUCAAAUUGGGCCCCCCUCAAGUUUGUAAAAAUGGGAAAUUUCGC